AUGGGGGAAACGGAGCUUGAUGCCAAGCCUCCGGAUCCCGAGAACGGCGUAAUCGAGCAGAAAGUAGCCCAAACGAAACGCGAGGAUGCAACGCUGCACUCCUUUAUUGCUCCAUGGCAGCAACCGAGCACGCCGAGCCAUGAACGACGGUCGACUGCAGCCGAGCGCGUGCACACUUCGCCGCAUGCCCCGUCCGAUGCUGACGCCCCGAAGCACCGGCCCCGGAACCCGCUGCAGCUCUUCCGGUCAUCUUCGACGAAAUCGGAGUCGGGCGAACAGAAGCGUUCGCGGUUCCGCGCGCCGCGCAGUGGUCACGGCCUGACCGAUUCACUCACCCGAACACGCAACCGGAUAUGGAGCAAGACGCAAAAAUCAUUUUCCCCGUCGCUGAGCAAUAGCACGCCGGAUUCAAAUCCAGCAUUGCACGACACGCACCGAAGCUCGCUGACCGAAUCGCCCGCAGUGACCGCUGAGCGGGGCUCCGCGCUUGGGAUCCAGCUCGAUACUGACCUGAAGUACAUUGACGAUAUUGUCGAUCGAAACAAAAGCAGUAAUCCGCGGACGCCGUUUGAAAAUGUGUCGCCGACGCACUCGUUGUCGACCACUCGACCGCCGUCGCUGGCGAACUACUCGCCGCGUAUCGCCCCAGAAAGCAACGUCGUUUUCUCGGCGCACUCCGCAUCUCCUCGCACACGAUCCAUCACAUAUUUGAAUACGGAAACGCCAGAAUGUUCGAGCAGGCAUGGAUCGCUUGAGUAUGUGCGGCGCCCAAGCACGAUUUCGCAGCAAACCUCGGGCUCGGACCGUUCCGAGUCGCUUGCCCGUGUCGCCGUGCCACUGCACGCCACCCAAGGCUGGAACCCUGCGUAUUUACGCACAGAACCAUCCAUGACAAGCAACACGCUGCAGUCGAUGGCUACCAGCGCAAGCUCCUCGUGGACCGCACCCGAUUCCUGGGCCGUGCAGAGCCAAGCAGAUACGUUUGCGCCUCUUCGCAACAUUGGCGCAGAGUAUACCGACGACGAUGUAAACACGACUUCAAUCUCGCCGCCACCACCACCACUGUCUGUGAACCUUGCACGCGAGAACCAGAGGUCGUCGGUACAGACGUCACUUGUGAUUGUGUACGAGCCUGUAUCUGCGGCUGAACCGCCACGCACAGAUACGCCGCCGGCGGCCGAGGCCGAGUCGCAUAAACGCCGUUUGUUUCACGGCCGCCGGGGGCACUCGCAUUUUAAGCUGGACGCUUUGUUUGCGCCUGACUUGGCCACGCACAUGCCACGUUCCCGGACGUCGACACAUGACAUAGACGCCCAUGCGAGCGACACAAGCGAAGACACCUUCUCGCCCUCGAACCAGCACUCGGUGGGCAUCAGUGCAAAGAAUGCUGCCGCGCUGAAUGGCGCUGCCGCGGUCGGGCGCACGGUACUGAGCAAAGGCAUUCGGCUGAACAAUAUUUACCACCCGCACCUCUCAUUCCGCCGUUUCAGGCAUCGUUCCCACGGCGACUCAGUUAGCACACGCGCCGAUUCGUUGGAGGAGGAAGCGCCCGUCCAAAUGCGCGGCUCGAUAUGGCAGGUGCAGCGCCAGUCAAGCGCUGGCCUCGCCAGCGGCGCAGAUGAGGUGUCGGUGACGAACAUUCCUGCACUGUGGGACUUGCCCGAGCACAUGGACGAAAACUUGCAGCCCAAGCAGUUUUUGCGCAUCUACCGCCAGGACGACUCGUUUCUCACCAUUGCGUGUUCCAUGGAGUCUACUACGAAUGAAAUCGUACCCGUGCUUCUUCAGCAGGCGGGCCUCUCAGAAGCCAAAGGGUACGGCCUGUUUUGGUACGAAAAAGGCGCGGACCGACCGCUAGCUCCUACCGAGCGUCCUGCGCGCAUCUUGCGCCGCCGGCUCGUGCAAGCGGGAUACUCCCAAAUGGACCGCCUCAACGAGCUGGGCCGUGAGGAUAUGAGCCACAUUGCACGCUUCGUCUUCCGCCCCGACCGGGCCCCGACGCUGCCUUUGACCGGAUCGCAAGAGGAGGCUUUCAAGCACCUGAACCUGCAAAGCAUGCACCUGACCAUGAUCCCUGUAUUUGUUUACCAGUAUGCACGCUGGAUUGUCAGCUUGGACUUGUCGCGCAAUCCGCUCACAGACCUGCCCGUCGAUUUUGUGCAGCGAUGUACGCGUUUGCGCAUGCUGUGCCUCUCGACACUGGCACUGAAAUGGAUCCCCGAGAGUGUCGCGCACUUUCCCACGUUGACGCACUUGGAUGUGUCGACGAACCGAGUGCACGACUUGUCCAACGUGAACUUGGACAGGUUGAACGAACUCGCUGUCGUGCGCAUGCUCAACAAUCGGCUUAGCUCGCUGCCGACCUACAUGGUGUACAUGCACGCGCUGCGCCACGUCAACUUGUCCAACAACCGGUUCGAUCAAUUCCCCUCGAUUCUGUGCGAGAUGCGCAACUUGGAGGACUUGGAUUUGUCAUUCAAUACCAUCACCUUUAUCCCGCACGAGAUUGCGAACCUGACCAAGCUCCGGCGCUUGGUCCUCAUGGGUAAUUCACUCGCUCCCCUCCCAGAAUCCAUGAUGCGAUUGUGCGAGUUGCACACGGUCGACGUGCGGAACUGCAACCUGUCAUUUUUUGGCAGCCUGUCGACGUUGCCCAAACUCGUCGUCCUCCUCGCCUCGAACAAUAACAUCACCACCGUCGACACACAUGUGACGAGCACGUUGGAGAAUCUCAUGCUUGCGCACAACCCAUUGAGCCGUGCAGAUUUUACGGCGACCAGCGUAGCGCGCCUUACUCAGCUGGAUCUUUCGUUUGCAAACUUGUCCGUGCUCGACGAGAACCUCUUUCGCUCGUUGCCUUCUUUGACGCACUUGAUCCUAGACCACAACCAGUUUACCUCCCUUCCUCCAUUGGACCAUUUGGGCGCGCUCGAGUACCUGUCUUGUGCCGCAAACGCGCUCAACCAGCUGCCCGAAGGAGUCGGAAAGCUAUCUCUACUCCAGUGCCUCAAUGUGCAGAACAAUAAUUUGAGAUGCUUGCCACAGAGCAUCUGGGACUGUGGCAGCUUGUACAAGCUCAACGCGAGCUCGAAUUUGCUCGACACACUGCCCAUUCCGCCGCAGCCCAUUCUGCCGCAGCCCAUCGCGCAGAAAGAAUCGAAUGCGCGCUCCAUGCCUCUCCGAUACAGCCUGGUGGUGUUGCGUCUUGCAGACAAUCUGCUUACAGACGAUGUCUUCCCCCUGCUCGCACUCUUUGGCGAGCUCGAAGUGCUCAACUUGAGCAUGAAUGAGAUCUUCGAGGUCCCGAGCGGCGCAUUGGCAAACCUGGCCGAGCUGCGCGAGCUGUUCCUCAGCGGAAACAAGCUCAAUGCGCUGCCUGCAGAAGACUUGGAGCGGAUGCAGCGCCUAGAGACGCUGUUUGUGAAUGGCAAUCGUAUUCGCUCUCUCCCCGUGGAGCUGGGACGGUUGAAGCAAUUGCACUCGUUGGAUGUGGGCAACAAUGUGCUCAAGUAUAACAUUGCCAAUUGGCACUACGAGUGGAACUGGAACGCAAACCCCGAGCUGCGCUAUCUAAACCUCUCUGGCAACCAGCGCUUCGAGAUCAGGCCAAAGAUGUUUGAAGUGGACGGGCAGGAAAAGAAUAUGGCCAACUUCCACCGCACGCGCCAUCUGCGGCUUUUGGGCUUGAUGGAAGUGACCAUGACCCACCAGCCGCUGCCCGACGAAAAUGAUCAUCGUCGUGUGCGCACAACCUUUUCCAGCAUUAACCGCAUGCCGUAUGGAAUUGCAGACAACCUCGGCAAGAGUCUCACGUUGCGCAUCUUCGACAUUGUCGUUCCGCAGUACAGAGGCUCCUCCUACGAGGCCAUGUAUGGAUUCUUUGAAGGCAUUGACCCGACAGAUCGCACGUGUGGUCACAUUGCGCGAUACAUUAGCGAACACGCUGCCGCGACGCUUGCCACGGAGCUACAGCGGCUUGGACUACCGCUGGGUGCUAAAGACGCCAGUCCCUGUUUUGCCGAAGAAACUAUACCCACCGCUCUGCGCCGCGCCUUUCUUCGGCUAAACCAGGAAUACAGCGAGCAUGUGCUGAACAUGGAUACAGUGCGCCGUCCUGAACACAUGCAGGAUCCCACGACUGCACACACGGGCUCCCAAGAGCUCUUUUGGGGCUGGCCCGCCACGUCAAACAAUGCAAACAAGCGGAAUUGGCACGCAUGUUGCACGGCCAUUUUGGUGUACAUGCGCGGUCAUACCAUGUACAUUGCCAACGUUGGCGACGCGCUUGGCGUCUUAUCGCGCGCCGAUGCGAGUGUAUGCCUCCUCGGCACCAAGCACGAGCCGCUGAGCCGCGAGGAGACAAAGCGGAUUCGCGAUGCAGAGGGCUGGGUCUCGCUGCGUGGCUAUGUGAACGACGAGCUGCAUGUGGGUCGUGCGUUUGGCCACUUUGAAAUGACACCGAUCAUGAGCGCAUGCCCUACUGUGCAGCACAUCCAGCUGACAGACUCGGACGAGUUUGUUAUUUUGGCCAACAAUGAGCUGUGGCGCUUCGUAUCUUUUCAAAUGGCCGUGGACAUUGCGCGAAUGGACCGCGAACAGCCGCGGCUCGCGAGCCAGAAACUACGCGAUAUUGCGUUGGGCUACGGCGCGUCGGAAAAUUUGCUCGUCAUGGUCGUUGCCGUUGGCGCACUCUUCCACAAACACUUGGCCACGGACCACACCCACAUUCGGGACAGCCAAUUCUUCAGCAAGACGUCGGGGUUGCGCACGCGCAUGAUCACCGAUAGCACAUUGGCACGGCUGGAGCGCGAGAUAAUGCCGCCGAUUGGGCACAUUGCGCUGGUCUUUACCGACAUCAAGAAUUCGACGCUGUUGUGGGAGACAAAUCCCGGCAUGCACACUGCGAUUCGUUUGCACAACGAGCUGCUCCGGCGGCAGAUGCGCAGUAACGGAGGCUACGAAGCCAAGACCGAAGGCGACUCGUUUGUCGUCUCGUUCCAGUCGGUCGCCGCUGCACUAUUGUGGUGCUUUAAUGUCCAGCUUCGCCUCCUGACCAUCGACUGGCCGCAAGAGAUUUUGGACAGCUACGAGGGCAAGCCAGUGUACGACGACGACGGCACACUUAUACACCGUGGCCUCCGUGUCCGCAUGGGCAUUCAUUUUGGGACACCCGUUUGCGAAGUCGAUCCCGUCAACAACCGCAUGGACUACUUUGGGCCCAUGGUGAACCGCACGGCGCGGAUCAGCAGCGCCGCCGACGGCGGCCAAAUUUUCGCGAGCAGGGAUGUAGUCAACGAGCUGGAGAAACUCCUGGCGAUGUACGAUGAGCCGGAGCGCAUCGAGAAGGACCACUCUGGCCAUGGAGACGAUUUGUUGGAGCAACAAACGUCCCGCGAUCUCGUAUUCCUGCGCCGUAUGGGCUUUGAAAUCAUCGCCACGGGCGAGCACCGCUUGAAAGGGAUCGAGAUUCCAGAGCAUAUAUCGCUUGUAUACCCCACAACGUUGCGCGCACGCUUUACGAAUUUGCCCGACGUCUACCCCAAGGUCUCGGCGACGCAAAUGUACGUGCCGACGAAGGAGCUGCUCGAGCUGGACCAGGUCAAACAGCUCGAGAUGCUUUGUCUACGACUCGAGGCACUCUCGGACGGUACAUGUUUCCCCGGAAUUAUCCCACAAGACUUGCAAGAACAGACCAGCUCUGGCGAGAUACAAACGCAAGCACCGACAGCUAGGAACCUGAUUGUGGAGCAGUGCCUGGCACGGUACCCUGAACUGUUAAUUAUUGCGACCCGAGAAGAGGCUACAGAUGCGGAACUUAUACAUGUGCUUGCGCAACUGGUUACGCGGAUCAACAACAGUAUAUCUACACUCUUGCUUGGCUCUUCGCAAAGUAGCCCAACGAGCCAGCCUGCCGAGCUGGCCUCGCCAUAG